AUGAGUAAAUCAUUCAGAUCUAAGCUUCUUUCCAGAGAAAUUAAAAAAAAGCUUUAUAUUUCCUACUUACGGCCCAUAGUUAUGUAUGGGUGCGAAACGUGGUCCACCACUAAAGUGGACGAGACAAAGCUUUUAAUAUUUGAAAGAAAGAUCAUCAGAAGAAUAUAUGGUACCAUGUAUAAUGCAGAAACAGGGGAGUACGAAAGGAGAACAAAUGCAAAUAUUGAAAGAAUCUUUAAUGGGCCAAAUAUCCAAAUAUAUCUUGUCUCAAAGAGACUGGAAUGGGCUGGUCACAUAUGGCGAGAUAAGGACAGCCAAAUGAGCCAAGUUGUGGUAUCUAAACCAAAUACAACACGCCCCAGAGGAAGACCACGCCAGUGUUGGAUGAACCGGGUAAAGAUUGACUUAAUGCAAGUAGAUGAAACUGCAAUAAUUGAGGAUGCAGACAACAGAGAUCGAUGGAGAGGCAUAGUAGAAGCAGCGAAGGGCCUUAAUGGCCUGUAG